AUGUUCUUCAAAACCACCAUCAUCGCUUCCGCUAUCGUUGGCCUUGCUGUUGCUGUGCCCUUAAGCACCAACACCACCACAAGUGCCUGUCCCACCCUCUGCGUGGACGCUAUUAACGACUGUGGUGUCAUGUACGGAGCAUGCUAUCCUAUUUGCUCUCCUCACCUGUAUCCUACACCACGGCCAUGCACUCCUAGCACCCCUAUCACUACGCCUACCAUCACCCUUAUCACUCGAGACAUAGCCAUCAAUCUUAUCACACCAACUCCUGAGUCCGCCACUAACUCGACUCUGUAA